CCAAAGUGAGUACGACACACCUCUCUACUUACUGUUGUAGUACAAUUACUUUCUCUCUCUCUCUCAUGGCGAGCUUACUAAGCUCAUCACCCAUAGAAGCAAUCAUGGACGACCCUGAUUUCCUCGACUUCUCCAAACCCAGCAUCACCACCAGCUCUUCCUCCGAGGAAGACUGGAUCAACCUUUGGUCCCCUCUCGUCGACUGGGGAUCCCUCGCCGCCGGCGAAGACAAUUUUCAAACCCUCAUUGACUCCAUCGCCCAUGAAGACGACGUCGUUUCGACCCCUGAUCAAACCAUAGCCCAAGACUCCGACUUAAGUAGCCACGACGAGAAGGGCCUCCGCCUGGUGCACCUCCUCAUGGCGGCGGCGGAGGCCCUCACCCCCGGCACCGAGAGCCACCACCUGGCUCGAGUGAUAUUGGUUCGGCUCAACGAGUUGGUGUCCACCACUCACGGCACCAACAUCGAAAGACUCGCGGCGCACUUUAGCAGCGCGCUGCAAAAUCUGCUAGAUGGCGCCGGGAGUGCGCACAGCAUAACCACCGACACCCCCAAUCCCACGGACACGCUCACCGCGUUCCACCUUCUCCAGGACAUGUCUCCUUACGUCAAGUUCGCUCAUUUCACCGCCAACCAGGCUAUCUUAGAGGCCGUAGCCCAUGAAAAACGGGUCCACAUCGUCGACUUCGACGUGACCGAAGGAGCCCAAUGGGCAUCCCUAAUGCAGUCCCUCUCUUCAAGAAGCACCGGCCCACCUGCCCCACACCUCCGCAUUACCGCAUUGUCCAGAGGCUCCGCCCCUGGACGGAGAUCCAUCGCCACCAUUCAGGAAACCGGACGGAGGCUAACGGCGUUCGCGGCAUCCGUGGGGCAACCGUUUUCUUUUCACCAAUGUCGGUUGGACCCUGGCGAAACGUUUCGACCUUCGUCACUGAAACUGAUUCGCGGCGAGGCCUUGGUCUUUAACUGCAUGCUGCACUUGCCGCACCUGAGCUUCCGAGCCUCAGGUUCCGUUGCUUCGUUUCUGAAAGGUGCGAAGGAGUUGAACCCGAGGGUUGUAAUGGUGGUAGAGGAAGAGGUGGCGCGCGGUGGAGAUGCCGGCUUUGUGGGCUUGUUUAUGGAUUCGCUGCAGCACUACUCGGCGGUGUUUGAUUCUCUGGAGGUUGGGUUUCCCAUGCAGAAAUGGUCCCAGGCUUUGGUGGAGCGCGUGUUUUUGGGCCCAAGAAUAGCAAAUUCUGUGAGCCUUAUGUACCGGAGUGGAGGAGAGGACAGAGGAUCGUGGGAGGAGUGGUUGGGUGCGGCGGGGUUCAGGGGAGUUCCCGUAAGCUUCGCUAAUCACUGCCAAGCGAAUCUGUUAUUAGGACUGUUUAACGAUGGAUAUAGAGUAGAGGAGAUGGGGAACAAUAAAUUGGUGUUGGGUUGGAAAUCACGCCGUUUGAUAUCAGCCUCUGUUUGGACUUCAAACUCUUGAUUUCAGCCUCUGUUUGCUCUGUGUUGUGUCUCAUCCUAAGAAUAAAAGGGACUUUCUCUAUUCCUUGUCAAUCCCUUUUUAAUGAAAUAACCUCGUUGUUUUA